AUGCCGAACAUCAAGGAGUACACCGUGAGAGUGGCGGCGGCGCCGCCGGCCUGCUCCGUCAGCCACAGCGUCCCCGCCGUCGUCUUCUCUACCGGCGGGCUCCUGGGGAACUUCUUCCACGACCUCUCGGACGUCCUCAUCCCCCUCUUCCUCACCUCCUCCCGCUACAAUGGCGAGGUCCAGUUCGUCGUCACCCAGUACCGGACCUCCUGGUUCGAAAAGUACCGCGCCGUGCUCCGGCGGCUCUCAAAGUACAAGGUCAUCGACGCCGACAGCGACGAGAGGGUGCACUGUUUCCGGCGAGCCACGGUGGGGCUGUGGAGCCACCAGGAGCUCGGCAUAAACCCGGCGCAGCACCCCACAGGGUUCUCCAUGGCCGAUUUCAGGCAGCUCCUGCGCAGCGCCUAUUCGCUGCCCCGAGAAUUCCCCCGCCGGCUCGGCACCGGCACCAAGCCGCGGAUGCUCUUCCUCUCCCGCACAAAGUCAAGAGCCCUACUCAACCAGCGCGCCGUGGCGGCGCUGGCCCGCGAGCUUGGCUUCAAGGUGAUUGUGGCGGCGCCUGAGGCGGCGCGGGACAUGCCGAAGUUUGCGAAGACGGUGAACUCCUGCGACCUGCUUAUGGGGGUCCACGGAGCGGGACUCACCAACAUGGUCUUCCUCCCGACGAACGCCACUAUGUUGCAGGUGAUCCCGUGGGGGGAGCUCAAGUACGCCUGCAGGUUCGCCUACGGGGACCCGGCGUUGGGGAUGGGGCUGAGGUACCUCGAGUACGAGGUGGGCAUGGAGGAGACCUCGCUAAAGGACCAGUACCCGAGGGAUCACGCGGUGUUCAGGGACCCGCUGUCCAUCCAUCGCCAGGGGUUUCCGGUGGUCUGGUCCAUCUUCAUAGACCACCAGAACGUCACUAUCGACGUCGACCGCUUCCGGCCAUUCCUGCUCGAGACGCUCCGCUUCCUCCGCCAGUAG